AAGAAAAUCCUGAUGGGAAUAUGACAGGCAGUAAAACUCCCUUUUUCACCUGAAGAAUUUAAUGGGAUAUAAAAUUCUACAUUUUUUGAAAUGUGACAAAGAGCGAAGCAGACCUCUAUCUCAGUAUAAGUAGAAGCCAAAUCAAUGCCAAAUCUUCAGAGAUACAUGAUGUGGUUUUUUCAUCGAUUGGUUCGGCACAAAAAACUAGUCUUUGUAUUCACCGCCUUGAGUGUUGUUUUAAUCCAUUGGUACAUGCAAACUGAUAAUUACCUGAUUGAAGAGUUUUCUUUCCCACUUCCAACAGCUCAGAAAUCUGGUUCACAUGACAAAGUACAUGAAAAAGAUCAUCCUAAAGUCACACAGAAAGUACAAAAAGUAUCGGAGGAAGAAUCCCAACGCUACGUCAAUUACAUGGCAGAAAACUUCAUCAUAAACUUCACAGUCAUCAAGAACACAGCAUCGGACGCACUAAAGAAAAUCUCUCUCCACAACGUAGGACGGCUAACAAUACCCCGAUUUACGUGGAGUAUAUACUUUUAUGACAUCACGUUCGUUGGAAACAGCAGGUUUCCUUAUCCUCAAGGUCUAAGGUUAGAUAAUGCGGAACUGCUGAUUUUUCACGAGGGAGGAAAUCACUAUCGACUGCAACCGACAGAUAAAUUUCCCCCAUAUAUUAAUCCGGAUGACAGAAUUGAGGUGGAAUAUGAUGCGUAUGGACCUCAUGUUUCUAGAUAUUUUUCUUUUCCCAACUGGUAUGUUUCGUGCCUCACAUGUGCCCCCCGAAUUUUGAAAUGCACACAAAGUGAAAGUUUGGAUUUUGUUGAAAAGUUCUCCCAAGUGCAGCAGUAUAAACGAUUUGAAAAUGACCUACAUAAACCUUUCACAGCCAAGGACAGAUUUCAAAGGAAUGCAGUACCCAGUAACUUACGUAAGGUCCCCCUGAGUUCUGUCCUCCCCACCCCCCUCAGAGUGGAGCGGAGUGAUGGGGAUUCCCUCCUGGUGACUACCGGAGAUUGGGUUGUCAACGCUCAAGAUUUUAAGGAGGAGGCCAAACUACUCGCUGAAAUUCUUCAGUUAGAAAUGAAGAAAACAGAAGCCAUCUCGACUGUCAUAACUUUCACCCGCAAAAAAAUCAACUUGCCAACGGAAUCCAGUCUUUCUCUCUCAGAAGCAUACGAGAUUUCGAUUGACCCAGAUUCAGAUACAAUCCAAAUUAAAGCAAAUUCUGAACCUGGAGCAUUUUACGCUGUACAAACACUUUUCUCUCUCAUGAAGAAAGAGCAGGACAAGAAAACUAAGUCCGUCGGUUAUCGGUUUCCAAAAAUAAAGAUCAUGGAUGCCCCCCGCUUCGAAUACCGAGGACUGAUGGUGGAUGUAAGUCGUAAUUUCGUCACCAAAAAGGACGUCUUGAAGUUGUUGGAUCUAAUGGCGAUGUAUAAACUCAACAAGUUCCAUUUCCAUCUGACUGAUGAUGAUGGCUGGAGGUUUGAGGUGCCACAGUUCCCAGAGUUAACAAAGUUUGCUGCUAAUCGCUGUUAUGACCCGUCACGUGAAGUCUGCCUUCCACCCUCGUUAGGAUCCGGUCCGUAUACCAACACAUCUGGGUCAGGUUACUACUCCGUACGAGACUACAAAGAGAUUCUGAGGUACGCCAAGGCCAGGCACAUCCAGGUCAUUCCAGAGGUUGAUGUCCCGGGUCACGCUGGGUCAGCGGUCAAGGCCAUGGAACUCAGAUACAAGAGAACGAAAGACGCCAAAUAUCGCCUCAGUGACCCGAACGACAAAUCUCAAUACAGGUCUGCCCAGGCACACACAGACAAUGCUGUGAAUCCUUGUCUGGAUUCCACCUACGAAUUUUUCAAGGUCAUUAUACUUCACCUUCAUGACCUGCACAAGGACAUUCAACCUUUGACCUUUUAUAUGUUGGGUGGGGAUGAGGUUGCCAGAGGAGCAUGGGAAAGGUCACCCAUGUGUGAAAAAUUUAAAAAGGAAAAGGGACUGAAUGGUUACCAUGAUUUAAAGAAAUAUUUUUUCAAGAGGCUGAUGAGUGAGUUGAAGCUGGAGGGCUUGAGUGUUGGAUUAUGGGAAGAUGCUGUUUUAAACGAUAACCAGGAGCCACAUCCAGUGGAGGAAAGCAAAAAAGGACAGCUCUACACAUAUAGUUGGACCAACAUCUGGGAAUGGAGGAAAGGAUCUCUGGCUUACAAACUUGCCAAUGCUGGUUACAAGGUAGUGAUGUCCCCCGCCACCUACUUUUACUUGGACCACCCCUAUGAGCCUGACCCUGAGGAGAGAGGUCUGUAUUGGGCCACACGGUACAUAGACACUCAGACUGUCUUCAGUUAUCAGCCUGACGAUCUGUACAAGAACAGAGGGACCCAGCACAAUGGAGCUCCAAUGACAGACAGUAUUCUGUGCUCAGGGGGCUGUCCUCCCUUAAAGGAGCCUCAGAAUAUCAAAGGAAUCCAGGCUGACUUAUGGACAGAGAGCAUCAGGAAUGCUGACCAGAUGGAGUACAUGUUGUUCCCCCGACUUCUGGCCCUGGCUGAGCGAGCCUGGCACAAAGCACCCUGGGAAAACAUCAAGGACCCGACCCGACGGCGUCUGAAGCAGCAGACCGACUGGGAGGUGUUUGUCAACAAAGUGGGUCACAAGGAACUGAGGCGACUGGAGGAGAAGGGGGUCAAAUUUCGCCUGGACCCUCCCGGGGCAAGGUUCAGUAACUCAAUUUUGGAAGUAAACACAGUUUUCCCUGGAACGCUCACUGAAUACAGCUUAGAUAGUGGAAAGACAUGGAAAAAAUAUGACCCAGAAAUUUCAACUAAAGUCCAACACAAAGGCAGUAUUUUGGUGCGAUCUGUAUCUUUUGAUGGAAAAAGAAAAAGUAGAAUAGUUUCCUUGGAUUGAAAAUCAUUUUGUCCAGUUUUCCAUUUGUGUAAAUGUGUGAAAACCUUUUUGAUCUCAUUUUAUAGUAUAUCUAAGUUCUUUCAAUUAUAUUUAUAAAUCAUUCAGUGCUAUAUUUAUAUCUAAACCCUGUAAUUUGAUAUCUUAAUUAAUUAAAUGCAGCAUAACUUUCCAUCAUACAUGUACACUUUUAUGAUUGUAUUUGAUUGUGAGGAUUGAAAUGGAGAUGUACAUAUAUAUGAUAUGUGUAAUUAAGACACAUCCAUUUUUCAGAAUUUUUUAUUGUUAAUUUUUUCUUCAUGUUUAUAGAGGUUUAUAGCACUUUUUCGCUUCUUGCACAUGAUGUAUACAAAUCAAAAGUAUUUUUUUACACCUUAUACUUCAUAUAUGUUAUUGUAUAAUCUGUAUUCUUUCAAAUGCAAUGUAUUUAUAAAGUGCCAUAACCAAAUUAGUUAGGCUUUAUAAUACCUACCAAGCACAUUGUUACUAUACAGUCACAUUUAGAUAGGAAAUCAAUGUUAUACAUAGUUAGGAAAAAUUUAUUAUCUGGGACUUGAACCAAGGGCCUCUGGUGUAACUUUGCCAGCUUGCUUUUGCACCACUGAGUUAGUGAGAUCUGGAAUGCUGAUAGGUUGAAUGGAAUUCCUACGCCUGUUUCUCUAAUGACAUAAAUCUUUCUUGUCACAGGAAGAAACUUUGCCCUUUGGUUUACUGAAAAUUGACUGAGAAUUUACUGAAAGAUUACUUGUACUGAAAAGCAGAGCUGUGCUGUUCAGUACCAUAAUCAGUGACUUUUCAGAUUCAUCUUGUGCAUAUUGCUGUGAAAACUCACUGAUUACAAAAAGUUGCUUUGUACAUAUACAUGUAUAUUGAUUGAUUAAUGAUUAUUGUUUUAUAUUGAAUCGACAAUAUUAUAGCCAUAUUUCGGAGGUACAUGUAUGAAUUUAAAUGUGGUAGGAACAGUACAUAAUUAUAUAUUUAUUUGUCCUCUACCAGUAAAACUGGAGGGAACUUUGUAUAGGUAUCUUCCUUGGCUGACUAUCUGUGUAUCUGCCUAUUCCUCUAGCUGUCUGCUUGUCUGUUUAAAUUUUGUUUCCCCAUCUUUUGUAAUCUACAUGAUUGUAGAUACUUAGCUGAAUUUUAGUAUGUGAGUCUAGGAUUUUGAGAUACAGACAAAGUUUGUAUUCUUUGUCAACUCAAUGUUUUUUUUUUUUUGGAUUUUUUUAUGGGGAACCAAAUUACACAUCUUGGUAGGGUACUAGUAUUGCUUACGACAGCAAUUUACUUCAAAAGUAUGUAGAUUUUGCUUAUAUUGCCACCUUAAAAAUGUGUUAAAGGCAUCUGUUAAAAUAUUUGAUAUUUUUGUUUUGUAUCAUAGACAUCUAAGUAAAUUAUAUAACAAUA